GUUAGUGGUGGGGAGUUGAAACGCGAUCAAAAUUCACGAAUGUCAGUAAACACGAGAAGUCCCGUGGCAGUUUUAUUUUAAAAAAUACCCAUGGAAGCAGGGUAACAAUAAAUCACAUUAAAAAUGAAGAACCGAUUUAAUACAUAUGAUUUGGUGUGCUCCGUCACCGAGCUUCAAAAGCUCGUGGGUAUGCGCGUGAACCAAAUCUAUGACAUAGACCACAGAACAUAUCUCAUUCGGUUUCAACGAAGUGAAGAAAAAUCCAUAUUAUUAAUAGAGUCUGGCAAUCGAAUUCAUACGACUGAAUUCGAGUGGCCCAAGAAUGUAGCCCCCUCAGGAUUUUCAAUGAAAAUGAGGAAGCACUUGAAAAAUAAGCGACUUGAAAGUCUGACACAAAUUGGAGUUGAUCGAGUAGUUGAUCUUCAAUUUGGUAGUAAUGAGGCAGCUUAUCAUAUUGUUCUAGAAUUGUAUGACCGUGGUAACAUUGUUCUAACUGAUUCUGAAAUGACAAUACUCAAUAUACUAAGGCCACACACAGAAGGAGACAAAAUAAGACUAGCUGUGAAAGAACGUUAUCCAGCUUUUAGAGCACAUACCAAAGUAAUACCUACUCGAGAAGAGCUUCAAGAUAUUAUAAAGAAUGCAAAACAAGGAGAAAGUUUAAAAAAAAUACUAAAUCCUCAUUUAGAAGUUGGUGCAGCUGUUAUAGAUCAUGUUUUGUUAGAAGUUGGUUUUCAAUUAGGUUGUAAAAUAGGAAAAGAAUUUGAUGUUGCAAAAGAUGUGGAUAAGUUGUACUCUGCUCUAGAAAAUGCAGAAAAAAUGCUCAAUAAUGCGAAAAAAGAUGUAUCAAAAGGAUACAUCAUACAAAAGAAGGAAGAAAAGCCUAUAAAAGAUGGAGAAGAGGAAUUUAUGUACGCUAACAUUGAGUUUCAUCCAUUUUUAUUUGAACAGUGUAAAAAUCAACAUUAUAAAGAGUAUGAAACAUUUGAUAAAGCAGUGGAUGAGUACUUUUCAACUAUGGAAGGACAAAAAUUAGAUUUAAAAGUUUUGCAACAAGAACGAGAUGCUCUGAAAAAAUUGGACAAUGUUAAGAAAGAUCAUGAUCAGAGAUUGGUAACUUUAGGUAAAACUCAAGAGGCAGACAAACAAAAAGCUGAGCUGAUUACUCGAAAUCAAGAGUUAGUCGAUAACGCGAUACUUGCAAUGCAAAGUGCAUUGGCAAAUCAAAUGUCUUGGCAAGAUAUACAAACACUAUUGAAAGAAGCCCAAGCCAAGGGAGACCCUGUGGCCUCUGCCAUUAAACACUUAAAAUUAGAAAGCAAUCAUAUUACAAUGUUAUUAAGUGAUCCAUAUGAAGAUAGCGACGAUGAUGAACCAGAGUUAAAACCCAUGACUGUAGAUAUUGAUUUAGCACAUUCAGCAUUUAGUAAUGCAACGCGUUAUUAUGACCAGAAGCGUUCAGCUGCAAAGAAACAACAAAAGACUAUUGAAUCUCAAGGAAAGGCCUUGAAAUCAGCAGAGAGAAAAACCAAGCAAACUUUGAAAGAAGUGCAAGCAAUCCACAGCAUAAACAAAGCAAGAAAAGUUUACUGGUUUGAAAAGUUUUAUUGGUUUAUUACAUCAGAAAAUUAUUUAGUUAUUGGUGGACGGGAUCAACAACAAAACGAGUUAAUUGUAAAAAGAUACCUGAGAAGCGGAGAUGUUUAUGUGCAUGCUGAUUUAACUGGUGCCAGUUCAGUAGUAGUAAAAAAUCCUAAUGGAGGACCUGUUCCUCCAAAAUCGUUAGCUGAGGCUGGAACCAUGGCAGUUGCUUACAGUAUUGCAUGGGAAGCUAAGGUAAUAGCUGGUUCAUACUGGGUAAAUAGUGAUCAAGUUUCCAAAACUGCUCCAACUGGAGAGUACCUCACUACAGGAUCUUUCAUGAUUCGAGGCAAAAAAAAUUAUUUACCUCCAUGUCAGUUAAUAAUGGGAUUAGGGUUUCUAUUUCGUUUAGAAGAUAGUUCGAUUGAGCGACACAAAGAUGAAAGGAGGGUUCGCACAUUAGAAGAGGAUGACGCUGAUCGCGUAACUGAAACAUACAACGAAAUUGAAAUAGAGGAAGAGGAUGAAGAAGGUAAAAGCAAGGAAGAUAAUGAAAAUUUAGAAACUAUAAAUGAAGAAUCUUCAGAAAAUAUUAAACAGGAGUCCACGAAAAAAGAUGAGAACAGUAGUGAUGAAGACGAAAAAUCACUAUUUCCAGAUACUCAGAUCAAAUUAGAUCUUUCGGGUCCAAGAGUAAAGUUGAGUGUUGAUGAGUCGAAAUCUAUUGGGAAACUACAAAAAGAUAUGGACGAAGUAGUAUAUUUGGGCGACGAUAAACCCGUUCCAUUAAAAAGCGCACAAAAUAAAGAUACUUCAAAAAAUAUUGGAAAUAAAAUGCCUUCUAAAAAAGAACAACCCAAUUAUUCCGACGCACAGCCGAAACAAAAUCAGACAGGCCUAAAAAGAGGUCAACGCGGAAAACUAAAAAAAAUUAAAGAAAAAUAUAAAGAUCAGGAUGAAGAAGAUAGGAAAUUAUUAAUGACAGUCUUACAGUCUGCUGGAGCUGCCAAAGAAGAUAAAAGAAAGAGUAAAAACAAAGAUCCAUCUGGCCCAAAACAACAAGGAAAGAAGAAAGGAGUCCCGCCGAGAAUAAAUCCAGCGCAACAGCAAAAUCAAGUUGCAGAAAACUUAGAUGAGGAAGAUGCUGGUCCAGGACCUGAAGUUGAUAUGUUAGAUCAGUUGACGGGUAAACCACUUCCAGAAGAUGAAUUGCUGUUUUCAGUACCAGUUGUCGCUCCAUAUAGCACAUUGCAAAGUUAUAAAUUCAAAGUAAAAUUAACGCCUGGAACUGGUAAACGAGGAAAAGCUGCCAAGACUGCAGUAGCCGUUUUUCUCAAAGAUAAGACUAUAACUGCAAGAGAAAAAGAUCUCUUGAAGUCUGUUAAGGAAGAAACUAUUGCAAGAAAUAUACCUGGAAAGGUGAAAAUCAGUGCACCACAAAUAACAAAAUUAAAAAAAUAGUUGAGUUUUUAAAGUUGUUGUAUUUAAUGCCAAUCAUUAUAUUAAGGAAUGACUGUAAAAAAUGAUUAUAAAUAAUGCGUUCAGUUAAGUAUAACUAUAUCUGUACGAUAUAAGAAUGUAACACAAAGAAUGUAAAAUAUUUAUUUAAAAAAAAUUGUAUUAAAAAUAAGGCUUAUUUUCUUCUAAAAGUCUAA